UUUUAGUGAAAACCUGGUGGCGUUAUUUCCGGUUUCCAAACCUUCUUGAAAAUGUCAUCUUUGACAAGACAGAAACCAUCGAACCUGGACAAAAAUGUCGGGAAAGGAAAGCCCGAGCCAUUGUAUCCCGAGAAGCCAGGAGUGAAUAUUGCAACCUUUGCACUGCUGUUCUCUGAGAUUGUCCAGUAUUGCCAGAACAGAGUCUACACUGUACCUGAGCUCCAGAACAAGCUGGCUGAGUUAGGUCAACAUGUUGGUUCUCAUCUGCUUGACGUCCUGUUUCUGCGAGAAAAGGGGUUCAAGCGUGAAAUCAAGCUAUUACAGAUGCUCAUCUUCAUCAAGUCCAACGUCUGGAAGACUUUGUUUGGAAAGGAGGCCGACAAACUAGAACAUGCAAAUGACGAUGAGAGAACAUAUUAUAUAAUAGAGAAAGAGUCUAUGGUGAACAAGUUCAUAUCAGUACCUAAAGAUAAAGGCAACCUGAACUGUGCAGCGUUUACAGCAGGCAUCCUAGAAGCAGUAUUAAAUGGAGCAAACUUUCCUGCCAAGGUGACUGUCCACUGGCACAAAGGGACCACCUUUAUGAUCAAAUUGGAUGAAUCUGUUAUAGCCCGGGAUAAGCACAUUGACGGCAGGUGAAGAUCGAUGAGUCCAUCAGGGUGACACAGUCAAGACUGUGUGAGAGCAGCAGUUAAAUGGGGAUGUGGUUGCUCAACAGAUGUACUCUAUCACCAUGAAGGAACAACAUUCUGUUGUCUUGGGAUGAGGGGGGAGGUGUCUGGCCAAACAACCACAAAAACUACCACUGAAAGCUGGUCCAGAAGUGUUUGUCAUCAUCUUGGAUAAAUGGAUGCAAAUAAUCAUAAAACAUAUUGUGUAAUUUCUUCAAUUAUGUGUGUGUCAUUUAGCUGAACAACAAGUGUGUCACUUAUUUGAACAUCUGAGUCACCAACUUCUGUUACAUUUGGGAUUACACUUUCUCAGUAAAGUACAGAUACUAGUACUUUUGUUGGGUUGAGUCCCGCCCGGGAUUCAAACCCACACUGACAGAGUCAGGCACCUAACCCACUCAGCUGCCACGACAAAGUGGAAGUUGCGGUUGCUGAGUGGGUUAGACGGCCGACUUUGUGUGCUGGCAAUUAGGUGCCUGACUCUGAGGGUGUGGUUUUGAAUCCUGCAUGACACACAACGCAACAAAAGUACUAGACUCUGUAUUUUACUGAGAAAGUGUAAUCGUAAUGUUAUAUUUGACCACUUUCUAAGUCACCAAGUUGAACAACAACCGUGGGACAUAACUGUCACUGAGCUGAACAACAACUGUGUCACUUAGCUGAACAACUUUUUCCACUUGCCUGACCAAGUGAGAUUGGCUGGAUCCAGCUUCAAGCAGUUGUCAGAACCUACUGAUAAUAUUCCAUUGUCUUUGCUAGUUGAGAACCUAGUAACAAAGCCAUAUUUAUUCAAAAUGGAAAGAAAUAUGAUACAUCUGUAGUUAGUAGUAGGGUAUACCAUACAUGUUCAGUUUAUGAUUCUAUCAUUUUUUGCAAUAAUUAAAACCUUUGUUUUGACCAUGCUCUUCAGUGGUAUUUUGGCUUUGUAACCUCAGACAUGGGAAGCUGUUUGCUGUACGAUGGCCUUCUAUUGUCAACAGCUUUGAAGUAUGUUUGCCGCCAUAUGAAACUGUGCAUUGCAUAUCCAAUUGAACUACCUAUUUUCUGUCAUUACAAUUUUGAGGUUGUAGCACAAUUGGCUUUGUAUCACUGCAUCCGUUCUUUAACCCCCGACAAGUAAACAUGGAUUUGUCAUUUGCUGUCAGUUAAUCAUCAAAUUGGGUGUAAAGUCUGAACUGAGUCAACAAAGCUGUUUCUGUUGAACAGUGGUACACCCUUGUCAUUUUUUAACUCUCACUGGAUACAGUGAUACUCACCAAAAGCUUGAUGUUCUAUGUGUAGUAUAGUUAAAAUUAAAAAUCCACAUUUACUUGCUUUCUGUGCUGUAAUGUAUAAUUUAAGCUACCUUUGAUUUGAUGAUAUGCUGUAUAUACAUAUAUAUAUAUUUUAAAAAAAGUACUAGUA